UUGUACAACAAAUAGCCACCCGCCCCCAGCCUCCCCUUCCCUUCCUUCCUUUUGGCCAUGCGCAUGUACUGUGAUCCAAGCUAGCUCGCAGUCAGGGAAGGCGCUGGUUCUCACACAUUGUCUGAAAAAGCAAGAAUGCGAGAAAACGCUAAAGAAUAAAAUCAACAGCAACGCCACUUAUCUUCUAUAACAUCACUCUACUUCAUGGAGAGAAACGCAACCAGGACGAAGACGACAAAGGAGAUUCGUCUCAUGAAAUGUGAAGACGUUAUUAAGAGAGGGGCGACAGGGUCAGCUCAGCGAUCGACUCCAAAUGCCCUUUUGACACUUGAAGCCGAUCUCCGGUCUAUGUUACGCCAGACAUUUUGUCAUCCUCAGACUUCCCAGAAUCACCUUGCGAGCCUUUUCAAAGCUAUGGAUACCGCCGAGCAACCUACGACGGGCGACGGAGAUCGUGUCAUGAUGGUCGUCGAAGCUACUUUAGUCCAGCUGGUACAGAUGGUGCGACCUUACAACACCUUGCUCGCCCUCAUUCACCACGGCUAUCACCACAUCCUGCACCACCUUCAGGCAUACGUCAGAAAGCUGAAGAUAACCGAGCUGAUGCUUGACAAAACUGACAACCCUUAUGGGAAAAUGAGAGCUGAGGAACUUUGUCGCUUGAGAGAACUGGAAUCCCUCACUAGUGAGCUGUCUACUGAACUUGAAAAUGUUGCGAGUCAGAGAGACUAUCUCAAAGAACAACUGUCGAAGGCGGAGGGAGCCUUCGAGGAGGAACAUCAGAAAGCAGUUUGCAUGGCUGAGGAAAAGAAGAAACUGGAAGCCCAUUUUCUUGAGAAUUCAGCAAGUUGGGGAUAUGUGUUGGAAAGCUUUUAUUUCAAGUCUCCCUGGGAAGAAGGCCUUUUUGCUAAAGUAGAAGCAGGCGGGCUGAAGAAGAAAUUAGAAAAUUAUUUAGGUGAAGGUCCAGGAAGUGACCCACUGCUGUUAAAAAUCGCACUCAGUAAAUGUAGGGAGGAACUGGCUUCCAAGGCACGCCUCCUACAGGACAUGGAAAGACAGUAUCGGGAGGUGGUCCCGAGGGCCGAUUUCGAUCGUCAGCAGCGUCGCCUGAAUUCGCUCACCGCAUCGCACAAGCAACUGAGCCACGUUCACGAGAUGCUCAAAGAGCAACACGAAACGCUUCUGUCUUCUUAUGAACAGGUCGUAACUGAAAGGGACGGGUUAAGUGAGGAAAAUCAAGCACUCAGAAGGGCAGCCACACCCAGACCUGAAUGGAACAGGGUCGCCGAGUACAUAGAAGGCGGCAUCAGCCGGUGGCGCGAGCUGUCCUUCGGCAAGACGAGCGACCAAACGGUGGACGUCCUGAUAUCCGAACUCACUGGUUCACAACUCACAACCACCAGUGAGUUCAUCGAUUGCAAGGGGAACGAGCCAGGUGUGCCAGCUUACCUGAGAUACGACGGGAGCGUCAGAAACCGUCGCCUCGGGAAGAGGGACCUGAUGCUGAUCGUUGAUGACAUCUGGAGCAUCAAGAGGAAGUUGUGCAACAAGGAUCCGAUGGAACACUUUGUGGAUCAGUACUUCAAAGAAAGGUAUCACUUGGAAGAGGUAAGAGCCGAAUGGUGCUAUUCCUUGGCCGAUGGCUGUCAAAGGCUGGCACACGAAGAACAGAUUGGAUUAUUUUGGGGCAUUUUAUGUGGCCAAGUACAGGAGCAAGUUUACCACUAUCAAGUCGACAUCGUCAACAAUUUAUACAACAUACUGAAAUCCAAGGACUCAUCGGAAAAGGACUUGAUCAAUCGCUCAACGUUCCUCGAAUGCAUCAAGGAAGUAUUUCCUUUGAAGACAGAUGACCACAUUCAGGUUCUGAUGGACAUUGCAGCCAGGGCGGCAUCGUUGAAAGACCCUUCUUUCAUCAAGUACCAUAACUUAUUCCCGCAGGGAAGUGGCACUGAGAGAACUACGUUGGUGAACGAGAUCGUCCAGCAAGCCAGAGAUGAACAAGACGUCUACAUCCAAGAAGUAUUAGACGAGCUGGGUUACGCAGCCAUGGAUGUCGCAGUCCACGAACUUAGCCGAGCUCUUACUAUUGUGGAUCCUCGGAUAGAGCAACGUGACCUGGAUGCCUACCUGGAGUGGGUCUUCAACACGACUAGGGACCAGCUCAAGAAGACUCCACCCAUCCCUCUGCCCCUGCUGGCUGCAAGGCUGCAAACUGGUCACAUUGUGAGGGUUGGCGCCAAGACUUAAAGAAGCAGAUUCCAUGUCUCACGACCUACCUAUGAGAAAUAUUAGAUACAUAUGAUACUCCAAAGAUGUCGUCUCCCUUAUAGUUACGGGCCCCCCUCCCCCAUGACUAUCCAACAAGUAAAUAGUAAUUAUCAUCACCAAACUAUCGAGUUAGAUGGAAAUCUUGGAAGGAUUGUAGAAGGGACAGGGACCAAGGAACCUGAAGCAGUGGCCAAGGUCUAGACCUAGGCACUUGCUAUGUAUUUGUACAUUUCAGUUUGUUUCCGUUACUUCAGUACCUUAACUGUAGGUAAAUUCGAUGUUUUAGUGACCAAGUCCACAGAAUAUAAACGAACGGUAUAAAAAAAAAGUGUGUUAUUUGUGAAAUAUACCCAUACUUUGGAA